AUGAAGUUCGCGGAGCAUUUGAGUGCUCAUAUAACACCAGAAUGGCGAAAACAAUACAUUAACUAUGAGGAAAUGAAAGCAAUGUUGUAUACUGCAGUGGAAGAAGCACCAUCAGCCGAGAAUGUUGAGCCAGAGGUGCUGUCGAGACACUUUGCUAACUUUGAUGAGACAUUCUUUCACUAUUGCGAUGAGGAAUUAAAGAAAAUCAAUACAUUUUAUUCAGAAAAGUUAGCAGAGGGCACGAGAAAGUAUGCAACUUUACAAAGCGAGUUGAAAUCGCGUUUUGAUACGAUGAAGCCGAAAAGUGGGGGAGACAGUAAGAAGGCUGUGCCCAGGCGCAAACUACAGGAGCUCAAGUUGGCGUUUAGCGAAUUUUACCUUAGUCUAAUACUAUUACAGAACUAUCAGAAUUUAAACUAUACAGGAUUUAGAAAGAUAUUGAAGAAACACGACAAGUUAUUAAAUGUAAGCAACGGCGCCCAAUGGCGGGCGGAACACGUGGAGACAUCACAUUUCUACACAAACAAGGACAUAGAUAGAUUGAUCAGCGACACAGAGGCUACGGUUACCAAUGAUCUUGAGGGUGGCGACAGACAAAAGGCUAUGAAGAAGUUGCGAGUGCCACCUCUGGGAGAACAACAAAGUCCGUGGACAACAUUUAAAGUGGGACUCUUCUCUGGGUCAUUUAUAGUGCUUUUGAUAACAGUAGUGCUUUCAGCACUAUUCCACGAAGGCGGCACAGAUAACUUCAAAACAGCCUUCCGGUUGUAUCGCGGUCCGUUUCUUCUAGUAGAGUUCAUAUUCCUGAUUGGCAUCAAUGUGUAUGGCUGGCGCAGUUCUGGUGUGAACCAUGUCCUCAUUUUCGAGCUGGAUCCAAGGAAACAUCUGUCUGAACAGCACUUGAUGGAGCUGGCUGCGAUAUUCGGCGUCGUAUGGGCGCUGAGUAUCUUGAGUUUUAUUUAUAGUGCAAGCCUUAGUAUACCGCCGUUUGUGAAUCCCCUGGCAUUGGUAGUGAUAAUGCUGGCCUUCCUUAUGAACCCACUCAGAGUCUUCAGGCACGAAGCGCGGUUCUGGUUUCUUAGGAUAUGUGGUCGAAUAUUGGCCGCACCGUUCAUGCCGGUUCUGUUCGCGGACUUUUGGCUGGCGGACCAGUGGAACUCUUUCGUCUUUGCCUUCCUCGACUUCCAUUACCUGGUCGCGUUUUACGUGGCCGGAGCUGACUGGUUUAAUGUGAAUGAUGGAUUCGAAUCAACGAAGUGGUACAUAAUUUCGCGGGCCGUGGUGAACAUAAUUCCGGCGUGGACACGGUUCUGGCAAUGUUUGCGACGGUACCGCGACAGCAGAGAAGCGUUUCCGCAUCUAGUGAAUGCCGGAAAGUACUCCACCACUUUCUUCGUGGUCCUUUUCUCCACUCUGAGGGCUAUUUACAAACCAAACUAUGCUGAUACAUACGACAAUCCGUUUUUAUAUGCGUGGUUCGGCUGUCAGUUCAUUUCGUCCUGCUACACUUACACGUGGGAUGUGAAAAUGGAUUGGGGACUCCUCAGCGUGGGUCCGGGCGCUGAGAACGCAUUCCUCAGAGACGAGAUUGUCUAUAGUGUUUGGUUUUAUUACUUCGCAAUAAUAGAAGAUUUAGUGUUACGGUUUAUCUGGGCGCCGGCGUUUUUGCUCACUGAGAACCAGUUAGUCAGCGGCGAGACUAUGAUCUCUGUACUAGCACCGUUAGAAGUUGUUAGACGUUUCAUCUGGAACUUCUUCCGCUUGGAGAACGAGCACCUCAACAACUGCGGUAAAUUCAGAGCCGUCCGCGACAUAUCCGUGGCGCCCCUCGACUCCUCGGACCAGGCGCUGAUACUCCGCAUGAUGGACCUACCUGAUGGUGUCGUUAACAGGCAAACAAAGAAGAAAAACCUGAAGAAGAUAAAAGAGAACGACAGAAAGCCGCUACUCAAGAAGGAGUCGAUCCAAGACCUGCAGCUCGAAUUAGAUUUGUCCUCCAAAAUGUUGUAA